UUCUCACGCACUUUCUUCUUCCUGGUUUAAGAUUAGAGAGAUACAUUUAGGGCUUUGAAGCCGAACGCUAGAAGCUGAAAUCGAGAAAUAAACAAAAUGGAGAUUACGGAGAGGAGAGACGAGGAGAUCAGGGAAGGUAGAGAAUCUGGAAACAUGGACAGCAUUAAGUCGCAGUAUGUUACCGACUCUUUUGCCGAUGAACGCCACUCUCGCGAGCUCAAGGCUGGUCUGCAUCCUCUACGGUACAAGUUUGCGAUUUGGUAUACCCGUCGCACACCAGGGGUCCGAAGCCAGACAUCUUACGAGGAUAACAUUAAGAAGAUUGUGGAAUUCAGCACGGUUGAAGGGUUUUGGGCUUGCUACUGUCACCUUGCUCGUUCUUCUCUCUUGCCUAGUCCAACAGAUCUUCAUUUCUUUAAGGAUGGGAUUCGUCCGUUGUGGGAGGAUGGUGCCAACUGCAAUGGAGGAAAGUGGAUCAUACGUUUCUCGAAAGUUGUAUCUGCUCGCUUCUGGGAGGAUCUGCUUCUAGCGUUGGUUGGCGACCAGCUUGAUGAUGCUGAUAACAUAUGUGGGGCAGUACUGAGUGUCCGCUUCAACGAGGACAUCAUUAGUGUAUGGAAUCGCAAUGCUUCUGAUCAUCAGGCAGUGAUGGGUUUGAGAGACUCAAUCAAGCGGCAUUUGAAGUUGCCUCAUGCAUAUGUCAUGGAAUACAAGCCCCACGAUGCUUCUCUCCGCGACAACUCUUCCUACAGAAACACAUGGCUGAGAGGAUAGGUUCAAAGUAGACGACUGUAUCACGUCACGUGGAGAAGAUUCGAGAAGCUCUCAGCCUGGGUAGAUAUAUGGAUUGAUCCCUGUUUCUGAUAGCAAAUGUAUCGCUGGUGUACAAUCUCAGCAACGGAAGUCUAGUUCUGUAUCAGUGGGUAUUCAGUCGUUUUCUUGUUUCUAGAUCUUGAUACUUUCAAUGGGUUGACUCUUGUUUGAAACAAUAAUGAUUCACUUUCAAAGAAAACUUGAGCUCAC